CAAACCGCAACCCUCUACUGAAAAUUCAAUCAUCAUGUUUUAUCAAAUUGUGUUAUUAGUGGCUCUUGUAAGCCUGGCUCAAGCUGGUUUACUGCCCGCAAAAUCAUCCGGAAGCGACGACACCUUUGAUUCCCAUCCGCACUACUCCUUCAACUACGACGUUCAGGAUCCAGAGACAGGGGAUGUAAAGUCCCAGUCGGAAUCUCGCGAUGGGGACGUGGUCCAUGGUCACUACUCCGUAAAUGAUGCCGAUGGUUACAGAAGAACUGUGGAGUACACAGCCGAUGAUGUCCGAGGUUUCAAUGCGGUGGUGCGCCGUGAACCACUUUCGAGUGGCGCGUUGGUUGUGAAGCCAAAAGCCGCAGUUGUGGCCCCCAAGGUUCAGUACCAGCCUCUGAAGAAGUUGCCUCUUUCCGAGGCCUCGGCCUUGGUGCAUCGAUCCUUUGCCCCGGUCAUCCACCAUGCUCCGGUGACCCAUGUGGUCCACCAUGCAGCUCCUGCCCAUUCAUACGUUUCCCACGUCCCCCUGCUGAAGACCUCCUUGCAUCACGCUCAUCAUCCCCAUGCCAUUUCCUAUGUGUUCUAG